UCGUAGUUAUGCAGCAGCUGGUGAAAGGAAUCAUGGCUAAUUUUCGUCUAGCACUCAUCCAGCUUCACGUGUCUGCUGCCAAAGCGGAGAACCUGAAUCGAGCCUGCCAAUUUGUAAGGAUUGCAGCAAAGCAGGGAGCAAAACUCGUGGUUUUGCCAGAAUGCUUCAAUAGUCCAUAUGGCACAAAAUAUUUUCCAGAAUAUGCAGAGAAAAUUCCUGGGGACUCCACACAGAAGCUCUCAGAAAUUGCAAAGGAAUGUGGAAUAUAUCUCAUUGGAGGUUCUGUUCCAGAGGAUGAUUCAGGGAAGUUUUAUAACACCUGUACAGUUUUUGGUCCAGAUGGUGCUAUGUUAGCCAAGUACAGAAAGAUUCAUUUGUUUGACAUUGAUUUGCCCGGGAAAAUCCGGUUUCAGGAAUCAGAAACACUGAGUCCUGGUGACAUGAUCUGCAUGUUUGAUACCCCAUACUGUAAGAUAGGACUUGGUAUCUGCUAUGACAUGCGCUUUGCUGAGCUUGCUCAAAUCUACGCACAAAAAGGUUGCCAGCUCUUGGUAUAUCCAGGGGCUUUUAACUUGACAACUGGGCCAGCCCAUUGGGAACUGUUGCAAAGAGGACGUGCUGUCGAUAACCAGGUCUAUGUGGUGACCGCAUCUCCUGCUAGGGAUGAGAAGGCAUCUUAUGUAGCCUGGGGACAUAGCUCUGCAGUGAAUCCAUGGGGAGAGGUGAUAGCCAAAGCUGGCACCGAGGAAACUGUGAUCUAUGCAGAUAUAGAUCUAAAGAAGCUUACAGAAAUUCGUCAGCAAAUCCCCAUUCUUUCCCAGAAACGCUCUGACCUUUAUGCUGUACAAGCAAAAACUGUAUGUCAGUAGUGACCUGGACCAGUAUGUCUCCUAUCUUUUCUUAUAUCUGUAGGGAAAUCAAAUAACAAAAUGAAAUAACCUUAGCAUAAGAAACUCAUAAACCAAAUUUUAAUUGGCUUAAUUUCUAUAUAAAAUCCCAGUGUAGGAAGCAUUUAAUACAGUCCAAGUAUUAUUUUUAUGUCUUUGCAUACUUCUGCCAUUUCACCGUUCUGAAAGUCCAUGCUAACGAACGGUAUAUUAAAUGCUUAAAUAAAUUCACAAUGUAAUUUAGAAGUGAUUGAUGUGCCACCUGAGCAGUGUCUUGUAAAUUAGGGAAAUUAUUUGAGAAACUAAAGCAAUAAAUUAUGCUUCAAAUUAUCCCAUUUGGGCAAUACAUUUUGUCCUUAUUUUCAAAGGGUAGGAGUAUUUUCCUUUUCACUGUGAAGUGUAAAAUUGCUGCUAUCACAACUUCAGAGUUAUAAACAUGGUUCUUUCUGCACCAGCUGUGAGGACAGAGGGAGGGCACUUGAAUCCAAGCUCUUAUUCUCAGAGUAAGUUUUGCUGAUGGUUGUUAUCAAACAGCAAAUCAUGAAAAUCCUCUAAACAGUCAGAGUGAGGAGCAACUGUUAACCCUGAGUAAGUCAAAGCUGAGGCAUCCAAUAGCCACUGUUUGAGCAUCACCUGGCUCUAAAUACACUUUCCCCAGCAUUUUGUGUUUUUGGUAAACUACACGUACACAUUUGAUGUAUGGAUUUUUUUUGAAAGUAUGCUGAAAUUGUGAGAGUACCCUACUCAUCACCAGAAAGAUUUUAUCUUGCCUUUGCUUUUGGGAGGGGCCACGGGGGAACUAGUAAAUACAUUUUACACAUUAUGAAAAGAAGCAAAGAACAAGAAUAAAGUAAAAUAUAUUUAAAAUAUUAUUUUAAAAAACAAAUCUGGCAGUCAGCGUCAGAUGCCUGUUUGCAUCUUCUUGUCCAUUUUUAAUUGCUUGCUAUGCACAAGCAUCAUAUAUCUCUGGGCCAGAAUCUAAAUUCUUCACCUCUAUCUUAGCUCUAUUUUCUUUGGACUUGAGUGAUAGUUCUCUUUCAACACACAUCCCCCCCCCCCACAUAGGCACCAAAAAUAAACCAUAAAAAACUCAGUUAAGUAAUAUGGUGCAAGCUUAAUCACAUUCAGAGUAAAAUCAAUCAGAAUCUUCAUUUCAGCUGUUGCAUAUGUAAAAUGGAAAUGUAACAGUACCAUGCAACAAAAAUUACUCUCAUAAGAAGUUAUUUUAAGCUGAAUUCCUAUACCUAUUUACAUGGAAUCUCCACUCAGCUCAGUGUUUACUUGUUAGUAUUAUGGAUAUAGUUAUACUGUAAGGGUACAAUCAAGCUGAAGUUAGGGAUUUUGAACUGCCUCAAUGGGGAAUAUUUAGUUUUCCAAUUACUUUUAAAUCAAUAGCAAUUCAGUUAUUUCUGAUUGACAUGUCUUUAUAUUUUGAGGUGUCCUUAUUUUCAUUACUGUAGCACAGACCACUCUAAAAGGUGGUUGCUCAAAUAACCUGAUGUCAACUGGCCUUAUGCCAAAUUGUCCUUUUUUUGUGUCAAGUCGAUAUUUAUGAACUUAUUGACAAAAUGAAUAAAUUAUACGUAAAUUAUAAUAUUGUCAAUAAAAUGCAAGGACUGAAAUGAGUUUAAUAUUUCUAACCCCAGCAUGUUCAGCUUUUCAACAAAUUUAUCAGAUUGCCUUCCAGCCCUGACAUGGACAAAAUUGGUGAGCAUCCAAAAAUGGCAAAACACAAGACUGAAAAAAAAAUCUUUUAAUUAAAACUGAACAGCUAAUUUGCCAACUCACAGCACUGUUGUUAGCAAUGAUUAACUUUGGCAGUACCCAUUCUAAAUGAGUAAUCAGCAACUAGCAACAGUGGAUCCCCUUAUUUGCUUUCUGUUUUACUUAGAGAGGACAGUUGAGGAAAUUGAGGAAAUCAGAUUGCUGUUUUAUACCCAACAGUUUUCAAAAUUGUCUUCCCUUUGGAUUUAUGAGAAUACAAUUCCUAAGAUUAAAACAAAUGCUUGUGCUAUGCAUAUUUUUCUGGAUUUCUAGGUGUCCCCCAAAAUAUUUGCAAUGAGUACUAUUCCCCCCAUUUCUUUUGAAAAAUGUGUAAUUAGUAAAUAACUCUUUCCUAAAAAUUUCUUGUGAUAUUUUUCAAAUAAAUCAACUUUGCAAAAGUA